ACGUGGUAUCUGAACGACGCCUAAGAAAACCUCGAAGGUCCUCAAACAGCUGACUUGUUUAUACUUCCGGAUAAGUUCGGAAAAAAAUCCCUGCACCUGUACCGGUAAAAUAACAAAGUUUUCACAUAACACAGGCACUGGGGAGGGGUGGGUCGAUCCAGAUGGAUCGAUCGAUGGAAGCUGUCCGGGUUCUUUUCUGCCAAGCAAAAUGCUCGCUGUAGACAAGUGACCGGGACCGAUUAGAACGGGUGAUAGAUAAGAUAUGGCAGCUGGAUCUGGAAUUAAAACGAUGUAAGUUUUUACCAUUUUCUAAAACUAAAUAUUUUAAAGGCAGUUUUCAUUCUAUCCCAAAGGUGUUCCAGUGAUCCGAGACGCCGCCUCAUUUGUUCUAGGAUAUGAUGCUCGCCUAACCUAUCGGAACUGCCGCCCUUUGGCUGACAACAUUAUGGUGAAAUUAAUAUUCAUUUCCGUAAGUUAACUGAAUUUGUAUAGUCUUCAAAUUUGACUAAAUUUCACUUCCCUUGAUGAAGGUGCGCAAAAUUUGGCCAAACAUAACUUAUCGGCAGGAGUACGACGCAAUUCUCCAGUAUGAAAAACAUUUCUGUAAACGUGAAUUGAGCACCCGCUCCCACGAAGUUGGGUCCGCGCAUCCGAGCUAAGCCGCGACCCAAAUGUACUAGCGGAAAUCAAAAGCAGAUCCGACCAAACGACCAAGCGUUUUGUUCGGUACCACCGAUAAAAAAAAGUUCCCUAUCAGUGGAGUAAAUAGAAUGCAGAACAGCUACUUCAAGGGAAUUAGUUCUGCGGGCCCAACAAAGGUAAAUUUAACUUUCAUUUUUCAAAAUGAAGUUAUUCAAAUCAAUCUCGGUGAUGCUUAUUUGUUUUUAUUUAUUUUUUUCGCAGGACUUCACAUACGAAUUUGUGCUAUUAAAUUACUAUAUUUUACAGAUUUUCGGUAAAAAAAAACACCGUUUUUCGGUAAUACUUACCGAUAUUCCGAUAGCAAUUACAGAUAUUUCGGUAAUAAUUACAGACAUUUCGGUUCAACAAUACCGGUUAUUCGGUAAUCUAAAGAGCUAUCAUGUUGACAACUGUCAAUAAUUUGACAGACGAUCAGCCGAGUUUCGAUAAUUUUUUACCGAAAAAUGUCGGUAACCUUUGACAGCUGUCACUUUUCUGCCAUGGAAAAAAUUACCGAACGGUUUAACGAUUUCCACAUGUUAGGAUUUCGGUGAAAAAAUUACCGAACUCGGUAAUUUUCGUUUACUGUGUAGGUGGAUUUUUGGACUCCAAAUGAAUCUCGGGUGGAUAGCGUAAGUGGUAACAAUGUAACCAAAUUUACAGUGAUAUUUAUUUUUAUUUAUUAUAACAGACGAAAAUAAAAGAAACUAUACAACUAAUCUAAACAUCCAAUUAUUCUUAUUAGGGUUGUCAUUUCAACUGCAUUCCAAAUAACUUUAGAAUCAACUAUAACUCAGAAUAAUUAUCAUCGUCACACCGCGUAGAGCUCACAAUAAAUUCACGUAAAAUGUAGGUGAUGGCAUGGAACACCAAUUCUUAUUAGGGGAGUGUUUACAUAUUUUACUCGUAGAAUCUACGUGAAAAUUACUUGGAUACAAAUUAUGUAGUUUUUCACGUAGCAACGACGUGCAAAUUAUUUUGGGUGUAUGUGUUCAUGAUUCAUGAUCUGCAGAUUCAUCAUCUGCAGAUGAUUGAAAGCUUUUUUGAAAUCAACGAACACCAGCAUGUGAGAAUCCUGGAUUUUUUUCCCAGUGUUAUUCAUAACAUUGCGUGAUGUGGUAGGUAAUCGGUUUCCUAUAAAAUUACAAAAAUUGGGUUGUAAUCGAUGAAACUUUGAAAAAAAAAAAUCAAUAGAAUCAAAAGCUUUGAACAGUAUGAUAGUCAAUCUGCUGCAAUGUGACGUGAUGUUGUUGGUAUUCAAAACGGUAUUCAAACAAGCUUUAAAUCUGAAGGCAGUGACGUUUUCUGAAAGCCACGUCCAGCGGGUGCUCUAUUUGCUGGGAUAUGCUCUUCAAGAAGAAGACUCCAGGAACUAUCCUUUCCUGAAAUUUAUUGAAAGAUCCAACAGCAUGAACAUAUGGGUGAUGCUAGAAGAACUGGUGAAUAAUCCAAGGGUUCAAUCCCAAAGAGAUUUAAUUUUAUGGGUUUUGCAGAAAUAUAAAGAUAUUUCUAUUAAAUCCGAUGACGUUACCUGUAGAAAAACAUCAUGUAGCGAGCCAGAAAGUUUGUCAAGCACACAACUGGAGUCGGAAAAACUAGAGAAGCAAGAGCGUGCAAAACUUGCCGCAAAACGACGUGCCCAAAUACUUGCACAAAUGGAAAAUGCUCAAAAAAAUUUUAUGACUUCAAACGCAGAGUUAUUUGAAAUGAGCAAUGAUAAUGAAGAUAACAUGAAAAGUGCUACUUGCAUGGAUUGGACAUCUGGUGAAGAGCAGCCUAUUGGAGGAAAAGCUUGUAUCGGGAAGAAUAGAAUAACAAAUCGUCAUGAUGAAUCAUUAUACCGAUGUAUUCUUUGUUCGGAAGAAUCCGCAGUUUCGAAGCACGAAGAAUGUAUGAUCUACGCGUCGUUCGUUCAGAAAUCAAGUGUGCUCUCACGUUACCAACAAACGGACGAUAGUGGACAAUUGAGGCUGCUGGAAACAAGCACUCAUCCUUCUCCACACGUCAGUACGUGUGGACAUGUUAUGCAUGCUACCUGUUUCGAAAAAUAUUUUAACAACGAAGUCAUGAAGGAAAACAGAAGGCCGUACAGACAUAGGACACCCGUUCUCUUUGAUGUUGAAAAGAAAGAAUUUCUCUGCCCAUUGUGCCGUUUCUUGAGCAAUGCUUUACUUCCAUUACUUCCGCCACUAGGCACAUUUGAAGGAUCUAGCACUCCUUUGAAAGUUGCAAUCGAAACCAUAGAAUUUGACAAAUGGUGUGAUAUGACAAAUUUAAUAUUCUCAGCUUUUCGUGAAACAAACAAUAAGAUGCAGACCCAAGAUGUCAUGGAGUUCGACGAUUUGACGACGAUGAGCGAGAGAACGUAUGAUGAAAUCAUAACGAAAAAUCUAUCAUAUAUUUUUGGAGAAUGCGAUGAAGAUUGUAAAUUAAGCAAGGACCCGUUCAUCAAUAAAUCAAUAUUCGAUUUUGUCGAACAAUUUUGUACAUCGGUGUACGAUGUGGCCCCGUUUCCAACCAACGCCAAAAAAUUUGAUGAAUACAUUGUAACCUGGUUGUCGUGUGCUUAUACCAUUGAGUCUUUGGAGAUGUUGCUCCGAGCAACGGAAAGACCUUUGGGUAACGAGCUGUCAAUAAGAUACACUGCGUGCCUUUCGGGAUUUGUUCGAGUUUCGUCAAUCGUUGGAAGCAAUAUUAAAACAUUGAAUCCAAGUUUUAUUAACUAUUUGUGCGACUUGUAUGAUUCGUUGUUUGGUAAAAAAAAAUCCGCUUUUCUCGAGUGGGAUAUUUUCAGUAUGCUGACAACUAUGAUAUUUUCAACGCGAUGCGUCUUAUUGACCACCAACAAGGAGGAUACGAUACCAAAAGGCAGUGUUUUUGAUCAUAAUAUAUUUUUGGCAAUGUUCCUUAUACACACCGCCAGGAUCGUCGUUUCACAUGACAUGAGUUCAUCCGCCAUGCAAGUUGAAGAGAGCAUUGAAGAAAAACAGUUCAAUCUGUUGAGUAUGUACAAAAAUUAUAACAUACACAAUCAGCAUGGUGCAGCAACAUCAAUAAUCAAUAUUUUGAAUGUUGUUAAACAGCAAAGCAUCACUUUUUUGAGAUGUUCAUCUUUGCUUUUCCAUGCUAUAACUGAUAUAGAGCUUCCCUGUGAUGACAGCUUCGACGUUUAUGCUUUGUAUUUGGGUAUGAAUUCAGACUUAAAUGUUUAUUUCGAAAAUCCCAUAUAUUACGAGUUUGUCCAUCGUCUGAUUGAAACUAAUCUACCACAGCUGAGAAGUGUUAAACAUAAUAUUCAUACAAAAAAGGCGGAAGAUAUAGUUCCGUUAGUGCAAGAAAUGUACCCUGUGAGGCAACUCAUCGAUCUGCCAGACGAUUAUAGUGAUUUGAUUAACAGCGUGUCUUUAUUCAUGUGUCCAAAUAACAUCAAGGAUGACUCGAGAAAUCCGACAAUGUGCUUGGUUUGCGGAGAAAUUUUGUGCUCGCAAUCAUUUUGUUGUCAAAAAGAGCUUGAUAGAAAUUCGGUGGGCUCUUGUACAUACCAUGCUCACACAUGUGGUGCUGGGAUUGGCAUAUUUCUGAGAAUAAGAGAUUGCGAGAUACUGUUGCUCGGAAUCAACAAAGGAUGCUUCAUUUCGGCACCUUACAUAGAUGAAUAUGGCGAGACAGAUCAAGGUCUGAGAAGAGGAAACCCAUUGCGGCUGUGCAAAGAACGAUACAAAAAGUUACACAUCAUUUGGUUGGGGCAUGGCAUCCACGAAGAAAUCACCCGCAAAACUGAAACCCAGCAAACACUAUUUGCAACUCAAUGGCAAAACCUAUAGAACUCUAUUGCUAAAUCUUUAGAUUUAUGGUUUGUUUUGUUAAAUCUUUUACAGCUAGCAGAUGUUUUCAUAAGAUUGUUUGGUAAAUAAAAUUUGUAUAACUGUCGUAA